AUGCCUCUUACAAUCCACACCGACCCAGCCAAAUUGCAAUCCUUUGAAGUGAUCGAUAGCUUCAUCCAAAUGCUGUGGGUUCCUUCCAUCAGUGAUGAGGACAUCGACAUCGUGAUGGAAGAUGGUGAGACUUUGCCACCAGGAUGGAAUGAUCCUGGUCCAUCCAUCCACAUGUCAACAUACUCUGCAUCAAGGUCCACAUCUGGAUCGCCAGCAUCAUGUGCUGGUGUGGGUCCAUCCAGGCCUUCAUCAUCUGCUGGGCGAAUCGGCGGUGAUCUCAAGAUCUCCAUCAGCAAUGGGAGACAUGGAGAGCCGUGUUUCGAGCUCUCCAUCAGCAUUCUCGGGUCUACAUCGAAAGAUACACCGCUCGAUAUCCUCUACAUCCCAGACCCAAGCCGCGAGGUUAUCAAGGAGCUCGGAAAAUUCGUAUACAAACUAUCGGAAAGCAAAGAGGGCAUGAAGGUGGUGGUCAGCGAAUGGCUUUGGUUGGCAAUGAACAUGGAAGAGUACAACGAUGGCAAUGCAUUCGAGCUGAAGUACAUGAAGUGGGCAGACUUCAAGGCCAUCGUACUCGAUCCGAUCAGCCAGCAAUCUAAAUGGAAUGAGCUCGUACGGAUGGACUGUAUAAUCGGAGGCAUCGACUACACGAUCGAUUUCCGCCGUCAAGUACAGUUUUGGCCCCCACCAGAUCAGGUUCGGACUGCUGCUGUCAAGUGGGAGACCCUGGCACACCUGCAGGCAAUUUCAGCUAUCCACAGAUGGGUGGUACCGGAAAUGCAUAUCAUUAGCGAUGGGGACCCUAUCGACGAUUCCUACGUCCUGAAGCGGAGUCACAGCGACUGUGGCAAACAUGUGAUACUUCCGACCGCCCCGAAAUCAAGCCGCACCUGGGCCCAUCUCAAGAAUAACACGAACGAGGACUCGGACGAGGUAUGGAUCGCCCAACAAUAUAUCCCAAGCUUGGUGUUCCUUGGGGAGUGGCGGGUAAUCAUAGUCGGAGGGCAAAUCAUGUCCGUCACACAUACACAUCGGUUAAACAACGGCGGCUGGUCUGGAAUCCCGGUCACAAGUUUUCUGUCAUUGGAGGAGGCGGGCGAAAUAUGGUAUGAUGCACUCUCGUCAUGCUUAUCGUACUUAGAACUGGAUCUCGCCAACAGGAAGGAUGAGUCGCUAAGCAUUGCUGAACGGAGGAAGAAGAUCGUGAAUCCGCAAAGGGGAGAUAUCGAAACAAGGCAGAGAGCUGAUGGACGAGUUCAACAACUUCGUGCUAAAAGCCUGGGCAGAACUAGUCGCACGGGAAACGAGGAUGGCAUGAGCCCGAAGCUACGGCUGGGAUACUUUGUCAACGAGGUGGAACGUACUCCGACGACGAGCUUCUGGCUAUUCUGGAACAUAAACAACACCGGAGGAAUCAUGGCGGACACAUUCGCAAAGCUGUUCGAGAAAUGGGUCAGAUCGAUCACCAAUGUAUACUGCAUAGCAUAA